GUGAUUAUAAAACAACAAAACGUCUCUUAUAGGCUGUCGUUCGCGUCUACUGAGUGAGACCAACCUCGACGUGUAAAAUGGUUUCUUUCUGAAAUUUAUCACGUUUUAAAUGGCUCGUGCUUUAGAAACUGACCCGAAAAUCUACAAUGUAAUGUAUGUCUGGAGGUAUUAACAGAUCCCAGAACCCUUCCCUGCUGCCAUUCCUUCUGUAAAGAUUGUUUGGAAGGCGUUGUGCAAACAUUGCGUGGUAAAGCACCUCGCGGUCAACCUAUUCGAGAGUUUCCAUGUCCAAAUUGUCGUGAAACGUUUAUACUCGAUCCCGAUAAACAUGUCGCCGAUAUGCCACGGAACCAUUUCAUAUGUAACAUGGUAAAAGCGACAGCCGUACUCGAAUCGGCGUUCCUUGUUCACAUAGUUGUAGCCAAAGGCAAAGCUACUCGGUCGCUCGUUGCGUCACUUGUGAAAAAUUCCUAUGCCGAGAAUGUCUAGCAGGCCACAACAAUUAUCGAGCCAACAACGGUCAUUCUGUUCUAACUAUGGAAGAGUUAUCAAAGCCAGAGAAUCGGAAGAAAAUCAACGACAAAAUGUAUUGCAAUGAACAUUCGGGGAUGAUAUUAAAAGUUUACUGCAAAACCUGCGACCAACUGAUUUGUCGGGACUGCAUGGAUUUUAAACACGUCAAGCAAGGACAUUCGUGUGUUCUUGUCAAGGAUGUGGCGAACAACUACAAAGAACUUCUUGCUUCAAAUAACAGAGCAAUGGAAGACGUUUUAACUGAAGGAAAUGCACUUCUUCAAAGAUUAAUGCUUACGACAGAACAGCUUGAUCGGGAUGCUGAAAAUAUCAAAAGUCAAAUUGUACAAAAGAAUGAUAUCGUGCUGAAAACUGUUGCCGGAAUGAUGGAGCAAAAAACGAAAAUGCUCUUGAACAAAGUGGAUGAAAUUCGCAAAGCUGGACGAGCAAAGUUGGACAGAAAGGCAGAAGAAACUAAGCUGUAUAUAGAAAACGUAAAAGGAUCUGUUCAACUUUCAAAAACGUUGGUCGACCAAGGCACAGAAGAAGAAAUAAUUUCCUCUCAGAAAAUGAUGCUGGAUAACGCAAAUAAUCUCCUAACAAAUCGCGAAGAGUAUUUCAAAGCACCUAUACCCGUUAACAAGUUAAGCUACACAGUCUGUGGUAGAAAGGAACCAAUACACAAAGAGAUCUUGAGAGAGCUGGCAAACAGUUUAGGAGAAGUUAAUGACGACAACUAUGCCGGUGAGUUUCUGUAGAUUGUGUCUGUGAUGUGGAGCUUUCAAAGAAAUAUUGGGAAUAAACUAAUUUUAAAACAGCCCAGUCUAACACUAUAGACUUGCUUCAAGUCUUGCUCGAUUUGGCUUCGUUUUAGAUAUGGUCUAUCCUACUACGAGAUCAGUUUGAACUAACCUCACAACAGACUGGAUGGACCUUAUCUAAACUGAAGCCAAUUCGAGAGAAACUUCGAGCAAGUCUAGCCACACUAACUUUACUGCUGCACAGUUAUUUUAUCCCAAGGUAAUUUGACUGCGCCAUCAUCUGAUUUGAAGAAAACAAUAUUCCAUUCCUCACCUACAGGUACAGGUACAGGUACAGGUACAGGGAUAACAAAACAAACCUUUUUAAGAAUUGCUGCAGAGAGUGCGACUCACUCAGAGACUAUCAAAGUCAAUCAAAAGCUUGAUGACAGGCAAUUUGCUGAAAUACUUGAAGUACAAAACCUUCAUAAUGUCUGCAUCGAAUGCGAGCCUGUAAUUGGGUUCAUCCGAAUUAGUGGUCUUGCCAAAAACGUAUCGAACGCAGUGGGGGAAAUUCAUCGAAUUAUCUACGCAUGGGAGCAAGAGAAGCAGCACACAGAUGCUACCGUUCGCGAGGUUUGUAAUUUAUUUUAUAUUAUUCCAAAUUAAAAUAUUACACUAUUUGAGCCAUAGAGGGGUCUAGUAGAAACUUGAACGUUUUUUGUAAUAAGAGUUAUAAGACCCCUAUCAAUCUCAAAUCAGUCCAGAAAAUUACAUGUUUAAGGAGAAAAAUACCACUAUGACAAGACAGAGGAAAGGCAAUAGAACAUUCCAGUCAAUGCAUCGUGACUGGAUGGCAUUUUGUUACGCAAAGCGAUAUUCAAAGGAACAUUACAGUACGUGUGCUACAUAGAUACUGAUAGAGUGUGUAAAAGAAGAAAUUGUUUGCAAUGAGUACGAAUACUUGUUGGAGUACGGUUACAUUAUUAACGUUAAUAAUAGGAAAGUAUAUACAGAAGAAAACUUAUGCUAUGGGCUAUAAAAUAAGAAAAAUGCCGAAUUUGCACACGAAACAAUUCUUAUCGCUUCCCUGCAUAUAUUAAACCACCAUCGGCAAACUGUUUGUCAGGUUGAGCUCGGUUUUCUGUGCCACCGAAUAUCACAAGACCAGUCAAAGCCUUUAUGGCAUAAUUAUGGCUAUAUGUGCCCGGUUGUUAGCACGUAGCCGCUUUAUUGUUGUAAUCAGUUUUUAAUAAUUAACAAGAAAAAUUAUUAAUUAAUAACUAUAUAACAUUUAGCACAGAAAAGGUGGGGUAUUAUUAACGUCCACUACACAUAACGUAUCUAUAUAAGUUCAACAUAUAGCGUCCAAAUACUGGGGGGAGGGUGGGUAAAUCUCUUUCGUCCAAUUUCUUGAUGUGCACUGCAGCCCUCGUGGAAUAGAAAAGGAAAGAUGGCCCGCUUCUCCACUGAUAAAUACAGAAACUUCCAAUCACGUGACUAUACUUAAAUUAACUUGCGCGCGCAAAUAACCUAUUUCUCAUAGUUAUUUUCAACUAUAAAUUAUUCCGGGAAGCGAUAAAAACUUUUAUCGCUGGCAAUAAGUUCCUUUGUUGCACUUGGCGAAAUAGCCAUAAAAGAAUCAAUAGAAUCUCAUCAGAAGCUAUUGGAUUUGGAACGUGUAUUCCUCCAACAUGGCCGCUAUAUCUUUGUAUAUAAUUCCAAGGGGAUUGCAACCCACCAAUAGCUUGAAAUCCAGGAAGUAAGUAAUCUUACGUAAAUAAAAACAAUUUUCAUUGCCCGCUAGUAAAUUCGGAAAGAGUAUAUACGGCUUUUGUAAUGGAAUUAAUUUUUAUAGGUUCAGUGGUUCUAUUACGAGACGAAUGCAAAUGUCGUUAUCCCUGAGAAAUACCACGACAGCAUAAGCGCCAAGAUAGAGAGGGCAUACAAGAACGAUCCAUCAGGAAGUGUUGUAGUUGGUGAAGAGAUAAAAUUAGAAAUAGAUUUCAAAACCAUGACGGAGAGAUGUUUGGAUCCAAGCGUGAACGAAAUAAUGAGAGUGUAUAGACGUCCCUGUGAAG